GAGAGUCAGGAGUAUUCUUUGAGACAAAUCCUCGACGAGGAAGCGUUUGAAAUUAUUAUGUUAUCGGCUUAGUCUAGCCAUCAAGACCGAGGAACAUGACUGAUGUGCAACUAUACCGAGAUAGCUCUGGAAGCUUGCCAUAUUUGUCGCACUGGGCAGCAAAGGAACCCGCCAAGCACAGAUUUAUGGCAGGGAACACGGAUCAUUGGGCAAAGAUGAAACAUAAGGUUGCCACAUUUUCAAUAAGAGACACGACAGGACAAGUGAAGACCUUUCAUGGUGAUCGAAUGCGGCACGAACAACACCCAGACAAAAAAUCAGAAAAGAAACUCCUCAAGUUCCGGCACGAAAUUGAUGGGACUUUGACCCGGAUCGGAGGACCGAAUUUUAGCGACAUUUUAGUCAAAGAGCUGCACGGUAAUUUGCCAGGCGAUUAUCACAAACCACGUCCCUUACCACCCAAACUGCUGAGGACAUCAGUUAAUGCCAGGGCUAGAGAAGGGUACAUGUAUUGGUAUAUGGAAAAACCACCACCUAAAAAGGGCAGGACCACGUUUGGCUCGGAUAAAACGUUCCUUGGACUGGGCAAAAGAUUUUUCCCUUGAUUAUGUAUCAUCGGUCAGCUGGCUGGUCUUCUAUAUAUAACAAGAUAAAGAACAUGAACCUUGGGAUAUAAUAUAUACUCCACAAUAUUUUUAUGCCAAGAAAUGUAAAUAGGUGUCAGUAAAAGAAAGAAGCAGUCUUAAGUAUUGCUUACACUCUGAUUCGAGAAUAGUUCCUUUGGAAACCGUUCAUUAAUCAUAGCUCUCGCUUAUUGCCAAACGUGCCCAUAAAUCCUAGACGCUAAGGGUGAUUUUAAUCUCAGUGACGAAGAGUCAAGUUGCUGGAGUGGGGAAUACAAGGAGACCAAUUCAGCUUGCUGGUAAUAUUAUUAAAGGCCAAUGCAAACACAAUACGGCCACGAAUGAAAUAUCAAACAUGUGUUAUUUAUGAUUCUGUUAAUUAUUUUAUAUCGAAUGGCUACUCUGGCCACUCUUACUCCUUAAGAGAUGAUUACACACGUAAUUAGAAAAAUAAAAACUAUCGAUGCUUUAAGAGUUUACACUCUCAGACCCUUGAUGACGGCUGAUAAUUUUAUUUAAUGCCAUAUAUACUCGUAAUGCACCAUUCAAUCAGUAAAUGAACUAACAGACACGUGUUCUGAGACUGUGGUUUACGUUUCUUGUAUAAAGACAUUUACCAGGAUUGUCCUUCGGUAUUCAGUAGAAAGGGAAAGAAACUGGAAAAUUUGUUCCAUCCUCAAAUGCCUUCUGAGAAGAAAGGCUUAAUAAGUUGUAAGUAUUAAGCACCUGUUUCAUUCUGUUGACUUGCGCAAAGCGUUUUCUUUUACAAACACUGUAUCCAGUGCCCUGUUAUUUAAGAUCUCUUUUAACCGACAUAGGACAACAGAGAAUUUAACUAUACUCUAUCUGAGGUAUGACAUGGGCAAGUCAACAGAAUAAUAUCAACAGAGUGGGAUAAAUGCGCAGCUCGUGAAAACUCCGACUCUGACUCCGUUGCUAGUGAACUGGCCAACCUUACCUUCACUUGAACCUAAAUGUUAUGAUUUGCGGUGUAGUAGCUAAACAGAAAGCUCUCACCUCUCCUUUACAGCUUGUGUAAUAAUAAUAAUAAUAAUAAUAAUAAUAAUAAUAAUAAAA